AUGUCGGUGUCUUCCGAAUUGCCGACAGUCCUCUCGAAACCUCCUAAAACUCGGACUAAACUUCCAAUCUAUGUGGUAUCUGCUAUUGUUGUUGCUCUCGUUGUCAUUGUCGUUGUCAUUAAUAUUGUUCAUCGUCUUCCGGAGACUCCAGAUGAUUCAGAUGACGUCAAAACUACAUAUUCUCCUCGAACAACAGCUUCAUUAUAUCCUGAAACAAGUCCAUAUUCAUCUAGUACAGAACCAAUGAUAACUAGUACGGAUAGAAGUACUUCAACAUCUGAAAGUGAUUCAUCAUCAAGUAAUUCUGACGAAGAUCAUAAAGAUGGAGAUAACAGUACACUAAUCCCUGUGACUGUCACAACUACAGUAACCCCCACAACUUCUGAGGCGACUACUGUAGUCAGUGAGACUACACAAACUGCAGAUCUUUCCACAACGUCUAUGGCUUCUAAAUCUGAAUCCACCACCAGCUCAACGUCUUCUUCUUCUUCUACUUCUUCAUCUGAAUCUACAGUACACCCAGAUCCAACUGUUAUCCCUCCAACCGGUGUUGAAUGUGGCAAAACAUGCAGUGUUUCGGUGGUUGAAUCGAUUCCACGUGGGAUUUGGUUUGCUGACAGAGUUCACACAAAGAAUGCCGAGAUUGAUAUAUUCGCCUAUAAAAUGAAUCUUCGUGGAAAGGAACUUCGAUAUGACGUGGAUAACUCCACAUUCGAAGGACGUCAAAUCUACAGUAUCCUCGAAGAACAAGCGAAAUCUGGAAUACUGAUAAAAUUGAUUGAUUGUCAACCACCGACGUUUCCAGAGAAUGAUUAUGAUGCAGAUGAAAUGGAAAGACUCGGAUUGAUUCAGAGACAAGGACUCGAUAUGAAUAGUAUGAAUGGAGGAGGUGGAGGUGUUCAACACAGUAAAGCAUUCAUUGUUGAUGAUAGACAUUUGUUCGUUGGAAGUUUGAAUUUCGAAUGGAAAUCUUUCUCGCAGAAACUCGAAAUUGGUCUCGAAUUCCAUGAUUGUCCGUGUAUUGCACAAGAUGCUUCUCGACUGUUCGACGAGAUUUUCAACUCACUUUCCGGGAAAGAAAAGAUGGAAACUGUUGAUUUUGAACCUCAUAAAAUUGGAAAUUCAACUUUCCAGUUUUUGGCAUCACCAUCAUUCCUUCUGAAUUCUUCACACAGUUGGGAUCUUGAAGCACUUCUGAAUUUGAUUUACGAAGCAGAUAACUUCGUUGACAUCUCUGUUAUGCAGUACUUCCCAUCUUGGAUUUAUUUCAAGAAUCGAGAAUUUUUUUCCCAAAUCGACAAUGCUAUUCGGAUGAGUAUUUCUCGUGGAAUCAAAUUUAGAAUCCUAGUUUCUGGAGAUCAAAAAGAAGAACAAAAAUUGAUGUUCUCUUAUCUUCAUAGCCUUUCUGUCUUGCAUUCUCCUUCUGAAAAUCGUUUCAUUCAAAUUAAAUUCAUCUUGAUUCCUCAAACGGCUCAAGAAGCAUAUAAAGAUCGUAAGAUGCACGCAAAGUUCAUGCUUUCCGAAACUCGAACAAUCAUUGGAUCGUCGAAUUAUGCACCAGAAUACUUUUAUAAAUCAACUGGAACCGCUGUGGUCGUUGACGAAGCACCAUUCCAUGGAGAUAUCAAUCGACAGAUGAAAGCCGUUUUUGAUAGAUACUGGCACAGUACUUACACACAGAAACUUCAAACGUUUGGCGAAACGAAAGGAUGGCUUCCAAAGACAUCAAAACCAUCGAAUCCAUUUGCCGGAUGGUUCGGUUUCGACCAAAUUGGUGUAUUUAACGAGAAGUAUACGGCCUCUGGACUAGUCUAUGAAAAGAACUCAGACGAGGAUCAGAUUCUCGAUCCGCUAAUUUUUAUUUAA